AUAAGACCGAGUAACCGUAUAUGUUGAUGAUAUGAGAAAGACACUGAAUACAAGUGGCAGACAAGGGACAAGCCUGGCAAGCUUAAUGGGGUAUAUGCUGACAGCCGCCAGCCAGCUGAAAGCGACCCUCUAUUAGCCCCUCGUCUUACCCGCACUUGUCUGCACACGUCAACCAAUAUUACUCAAAAUGGGCGCGAAAAAGAAGGCCGAUACUAAAUCCAAUAGCAAGGAUACCGGCGACAAAGAUGAUAAGAAGGGCGGUAAAGUGAAAGGCGCUCAGUCCAUCGUGGUCCGCCAUAUCCUGUGCGAAAAGCACUCCAAGAAGGAAGAGGCGCUGGCUAAGAUCAGGGAGGACCCUACGCUGAACAAUUUCAUCGCAGUGGCUAGGGAGUAUAGCGAGGAUAAAGCAAAACAAGGCGGUCUCCUUGGUACACAGCGGAAAGGCUCACUGCAACCUGAAUUUGAAAACGUUGCUUGGGGGCUGCCAGAGAGUAAAGGCAGUAACUUACACAUUGGAGAGGCUAAGACAGAAUUCGGAUACCACCUCAUUGUAGUAGAAGAGCGCAAAUGAUGAGCUCAGAGUUAUAGUAAUAGUCAACAAACAUCACGCGCAUGAGAUAAGAAAAGAGGCUUCGCAGCCGAGAUUGGUAAUGCAAGUUUUUCCUUGAUUCCUGAUGCAGUAUGGGCACCCUUUUUUUUACUUUUUACCUAUCUAGCAUCUAUGCCA